AUGGCGGAGAAAUCGGACUCACGGGACUCGGACAGCAGCUGGGUGCUGGCGGGCAGCGAGGGUCUGCCCGUCGACACGGUGGGUCCGGAGCAGGAUUUGGCCUCCCACGGGGUUGAGGAUGAGGAGGCAGAGGAGGAGGAAGGCACCCAGGACCCCCUGGAGGCGGAGGGCGCCGAGCCCUUCCCCGGGCCCUGGAAGAAGCCGUUGAAGGCAGAGAAGAAGGAGAGCAAGCGGCACAAGCGGCACGGCGCUGGGGGGGCCCCCCACGAGCGGGAGAGGAGGGAGCACGGCAAACCCCACCGGCACGGGAAGGAUCCCCGGCCCCCGCGGGAGCACAAGCCCGGCAAAACCUGGGGGAAGUCAUCUCACGGCCCCCCGCAGCGCGGCCCCCGCGAGCCGCCAUCGUUCAACCGGUACCGGGCACCCCGAGGCUGCUCGGGGGUGGCCGAUUGUGCCCGCAAGGAGGGCCGGGAGGUGCUGGGUGUCGCGCUGGAGCCGGUGCAGAAGGCGCAGUUCCUGUGGUUGCUGGAGGGGUUCAUGGGGCGGCUGGGCUGGGGGGGACAUUUCGGGGGGCUGGCGGCGCGGUUGGACGGCGCCUUCGGGGCCGACGGCACCUUCGCCCACGACCGCCUGCGCUUCGUCGACUUCGUGGAUGAUGUGGAGGAGCUGCUGGAGGAGGUGGCGAGGCGGGAGCGGGGCGACGAGGAGGCGGCCGACGGCUUCGAGGAGUACGUGCUGCGGCACUACGCCGGAGACAACGGGUGA